AUGCCUCGAGGACGCGGAAGAUCUAAAACCAACCGUGGCGGUCGCAAGUCUCAACGAAAUCGUCGUACUCCAGCUCGCUUCCAAAAUGUUGAGACUAUAGACGUAACUGACUCACCGCCGCAAGAAUCGUCAGCACGCAAUGGAGAUCCCACUGUACUAGUACAGUCAACGAACCCCCCCAGCGAUGUCAUCACAGUUAGCAGAAGCGAACUCGCAGAUCUCGUUCGUAGCCUACAACAGCAAGGAAACUCUGCCCCAGUUGUAGAGAAAGCUCUUUCACUGGCACCAGAAGGAUCAACUGUUAUAUACUGUGGAGUAGGUAACAGAGAUUUUUGGAAAGAUCAAAGCAAUGAUUUCAGAAAACAUCCUCAAUUCAAAGUAACUGGUGUACCAACAUUGCUGCAAAUAGGCACACCAAAACGACUGGUGGAAGAACAGUUGAUGAAAGAAGAUCUCCUACAGAUGUUUUUUGAAGAAUAGAAAUAAACAAUUGCCUAUAAUUAAUUUUAUUUUAGAAAAUUAUGUAUUUCCAUGCCAACUGUACUCAUCAGCAUACAUCUAAUUUGUCAUAUAAUCUAAAGGAUAACAAGCACAAUGAUUAUUGUAGCAGUGACAAUGACAUUUCACUGGAACCGCAGUGUUAUUUCACUCGGGUCCUUAAGGCAAACACAAUGUCAUUUCACUUUGGACUUUAAGAAAAGUUUAUACCUGGGAAUGCUGUUAAAAUCAUAAAAUUUUAGUAGCAUAUUAUACAUUUUGUGAAUGAUGAUUGUAAAUGUAAUUUCAGCACUGACACAUGGCAUUUGAUUUUGUAUCUGCUGGUUUCCAAUGACAUGAACUGGUGUGCUAUUAAUGUUGCUUUGACAUUGGCUUCAGUACCAUCAGAUUUGUUCAUUUCAUGGUGACAAUGUUUGAUAAUAUAUGUUAUUUUGAGAUUGGUUCAUGGUGAUUUCAUGACAAUAAAAUAUUGCAUUAUUGGCUUUGUUAGCUCCAUGUGAAU